GCGAACCAACAAUUGCUCGCAAUGGAGCGAUCAACCUUGGACGUCCAACAGGCACAGAUGCAGCAGCUCAUGGACGCAUAUUGCGCGACAGACGACAAGGUUGCGUGCACACCAUCCAAGAGUCACGUCGUCAUUGGGAUGGAGGUGCAUGAGAAGUUGGUUUGCGCUGGCAUGGCACACCUUCGGGUGUUCCAAGGUGGUGUGUCCAUGCUGGGGUAUGAAGCCAAACCUGGCGUAUACGUGGAUGUGUUCUCUCCUCGAUGGUCGAACCUGAUGUCCAUCACAGGCAUUGCAUCAACAUCGGUGUUCCAAGCUCCGUGCUCGUCAUUGGUUCAAGCCCACUGGAACCUCACUCACGAGGAUGACUCUCUAGCAAUGGUCGAAGAGGGGGCCGCAGAUGCGUUGGCGAAGGACAUUGCCGUGCGCUUCCCGAUCGUGCUGAUCAUUAGGUCGAUGCGAGUUACCUACGGCAAUCUCUCGUCGUAUUUUGAUGCUGGAUCCACCGGAACCUCUGGGGGAGGCGUGCCAUUACCUGGUUUCAAGUUCAUUCGUCACAAGAACAUGACCCACACCGUCGAGAAAACCAAGAUCAAGAAACCUAAGCACGGAGCACCAGCAACCAAUUUUGAUGGAUCGUUGGUCGUGUACCAUGGAGAGUCCGUCGACUUUGCCUCCGUCACGUCACUGGAGCCGCAUCCUGUCCGAGAAAUCCUCAUUCCACCGACAUGGUCCACGGUGGCUUCGUCGAUUCUAGAGAACUUGGCCGCAUCGUCGAACCGUAAAGUGCUCGUUUGCGGGGCGAAGGGUGUGGGCAAGUCCACCUUCAGCCGGUAUUUGGUGAACCAAUUGCUCAAUGUCUAUUCCAUUGUGGCCUAUCUGGAUACAGACGUUGGGCAGCCGGAACUUGCCGCACCUGGUGUGCUCUCCCUGCAUUACAUCACGACGCCGUUGCUGGGACCUGGAUACACUCAUCUCCAACCUGCGUAUCGGUCGUAUUUUUUUGGCUUUAGCAGCCCAAAAGCCGAUCCGACCGUGUACAUGGACGCGAUCUCGGCGCUGCUGAACGACUACUCGGCAAAAGACCUUGCGAUUCCGCUGGUUAUCAACACGGAUGGUUGGAUCAAGAGCAUGGGCUAUGACCUCCUACAAGCGACUCUGACAGCCGCCUCCCCGAAGCACGUAGUCCAAGUCGUGGCUUUGUCCAAGGCGAAAAGUUUCGAAGUUCCCGCGUCGCCUCAGUGGACGUUGCAUCCGAUUGAAAUGUGGGAUGUCGAGCCGCCUCAGCCUGCACGAAGUGGGAAAGAACUGCGGCAGUUCCGACUACACGCGUAUUUUCUGGGUCGGAUUCCAGUGCCAUCACAUGUGCCUCUACAAAGCAUUCAUUGUACAUCCGAGCAGACGCGGUAUACCCGUCUACUCUCAACGAUAUACCCACAACAAAUUCCAUACCGCGUUCCUUUUUCUAAGGUCAACUUGCGUGUGUCGGGGGGGUCCGUGCCUCCGAGUCAGAUCCUUCACGUCCUGAAUGCAAGUGUUGUGGGUCUGUGCAUUCAUCCAUUCGAGAUGGCGUCGGAUGCCACGGAACACAAUGGCCCCAGAGCCGUCGUGGACAAUCCCAUAGUUCCUUGUGUCGGUCACGGCAUUGUUCGGAGCAUCGAUGUGGACCGCCAUGAGUUUCACAUUUUGACACCCGUACCCAUUGAGAUUCUACAGCAUGUCAACUUGCUCGUGCGUGGACAUAUUUCCCUCGCGUUCCAGCUGCUUGACCAAAGCGCCGUGUACGGAUGCGCGCCGUACGUCGUCGUCGACGUGUUGGCCGCGGAAGGAACAGGCGCAUCCUUGAUGGAGAGCCGCAACAACCUCAAACGAAAAAAGGAAAUGACAUACUAGUAAUGUUGAACUGACCCAUACAAACAAAACGCGGGAAACAUUGAAAUUGUUUAUUAAUUCUGUGAAUUUGAAAAUUAAU